AUGUCGUUUCUCGGCGGGCCAGAAUGCAGCACCGGCGCAAACCCCCUGGCCCAGUUCCAGAAACAAACGGGCGCCGACACCUCCCUCCAGCGCGAUCGUCUCACGAAUCUGCAGCCACAGCAACUGAAUGGCUUCCGCAGUGGACAGCAACGACCUGACGAUGCUGCCUUCCAAGACUUCGCGCAGCAGGGUCCGCAAAUUGGUGAAAUGCUGCCCAAUGAAGCCUUUCACCUGGAGCAAUUGCGACGAGAGCAGGAGCAUUUCGAGCGAGCAAGCGGUGGUGGCAACAAUGGCAACUGGGCUGGUGAAUUCGCGCAGCAGGGCCCACGUUUUGCUCCAGAGGAGUUUGCUCAGCAGCAGCGAACGGCACCCGGUUCGUUCACCCCCCAGGAUUUCGCGCAGUUCCGCCAGUCGCAGAUGUCGCCUCGCACGCAAAGCCCAAGUCUGCAGCAGUCAACCUACCAGCGACCUUCCAUGUACGGAUCUGGAUUCGGAAUGCAGCGGCCGAUGAUGGGCGGCUUUCAGCCGCAAAUGUAUGGGCAGCAGCCGCAGCAACAAUACGAGGGCAAGGGCAAGUCUCGCGUGCAGGAGCUCAGCGACACCGACUGGGAGAAGCAGUUUGAGGAGUUGUCCACCGAAGAUAAGGAGGCAGAUCUCGAGCAACUAGACCGCGAAGCCGAACAGGCGGUGGAGAAGGAGCUAAACGAUCUAGAUAGGAACAUGCUCGCGGAAGAUGAGUUAGCGGGCCACUUUGGCGACGAAUACGAUCAGUGGAAGGACUUCGAUGGUCUGGGCCACAAUUUCGACACGUUUCAAAACGACUACAACACGCAGCCUAAUUUGGGCAACUACAUGUUCGAGGAGAACAACCUGUUUAAUGAUGUGCCCAACGCUUACGAGGAGGGCAUGAAGAUCGUGCGCGAGGGCGGCAACCUCAGUCUUGCAGCAUUGGCUUUUGAGGCUGCGGUGCAGAAGCAGGAUGACUUUGUCGAGGCUUGGGUUGCUCUCGGUCAGGCCCAGGCUCAAAAUGAGAAAGAGUCGCCGGCAAUUCGAGCCUUGGAGCACGCCAUCAAGCUGGAUCCUGGUAAUUUGGAAGCACUUAUGGGUCUGGCAGUGUCGUACACAAACGAAGGAUAUGAUACUCUUGCCUACCGGACUCUGGAAAGAUGGGUUGCUUCGAAGUAUCCUCAGCUAGGGGUCACGCCUCGCGGCAUGGAAGCAGAGGAGGAUAUGGGCUUCACGGAUCGACACAUGCUCCAMGAGAAGGUGACUGGCUACUUCCUCGAGGCUGCACAACUCAACCCCGAGGGCGGCGACGUCGACGUUGACGUCCAGGUCGGUCUGGGUGUUCUGUUUUACGGCAGCGAGGAUUACGACAAAGCUGUCGACUGCUUCACAGCUGCUUUGAAUAGCCAUCAACACGGCUCGAUGAAGCGCGAAGGCGAGGAGCACCUCCUCUGGAACAGGCUUGGUGCCACCCUGGCGAACAGCUCUCGCUCAGAGGAAGCCAUCGAGGCAUAUUCGCGGGCCUUGGAACUACGGCCCAACUUUGUGCGAGCACGCUACAACCUCGGCGUGUCAUGUAUCAACCUGGGCGUUUUGGAGGAGGCAGCCGGACAUCUUCUCGGUGCUCUGUCCAUGCACCGAGUUCAGGAAAGCGAGGGCCGAGCGAAAGCUGCGGAGAUACUGAGGGAUGGUAAUGGCAAUGAUGCCGACGGCCGGGCUGUCGAUGAUCUGCUUCGGCAGAAUGAGAGCACGAACUUGUAUGAUACUUUGCGAAGGGUCUUCACUCAAAUGGAUCGAAGGGAUCUAUCAACCAUGGUUGGCGCGGACAUGAAUCUAGAUGCGCUGCGAGGGCAAUUCGACUUUUAG